AUGAUGACCAUGGUGUUUACAGUGGAUGAAAUUAACCGUAACUCAAGCCUGUUACCAGGUGUUAAACUAGGCUAUCGGAUUAUGGACAGCUGUGACCAUAUUCACAGCAGCCUGCAAGGUCUUUUAUCAUUAAUCAGUCACUCUAAAGCUGUCAACACUGAGACAGAAAAAACAGCAGAAAUUAAAGGCAAAGAGAUGAACACAAGACAGUCUUCCACAUGUCUGUAUUAUUCUCCUGUACCUGCUGUGAUUGGUCUUGCAUCUUCUUCCCCUACAAGAGCUGUAGCUCAGACACUUGGCCCAUUCAAGAUACCACUGGUGAGUUAUUUUGCCACUUGUACGUGUCUCAGUGACAAGAAUUUGUACCCAUCAUUCUUGAGAACUGUGCCAAGUGAUCUCUUUCAAGUUAGAGGUCUCGUACAGCUUGUCUCUUACUUUGGCUGGUUCUGGGUGGGCACAGUUGGCACUCCGGAUGACUACAGUCUCUAUGGCAUCCAAGCAUUUUCUACUCAGUUUAUAGAACAAGGUGGAUGUGUGGCAUUUCACCUCACUAUCCCAACAUCACCCACAGUAGCUGAGAUACAAGAAAUGGCAGACAAACUGCAGAGUUCAACUGCUCAUGUUGUUGUGGUCUUCGCUACAGAAGGGCAACUCUUAAAUCUGUUCUUGGAAGGAACAUUGGGCUUCUCGUUCCCUGGAGUCACCAUCCCUGGCUUAAAAGAGUUUUUUUUGAAUGUCCGACCCUCUCCCAAACCAGGGAUGGAAUUUAUCAAUAUGUUCUGGGAAGAUCAUUUUGGUUGUAAACUUGAUUUUACUUACAAUACAGGUUCUCAAAGCAAUUCUGGCCAUAUGGUCGGACUCACUCCUGUAUGCACAGGUUUAGAGUAUCUGACAUACACUGAGAGCAGUUAUAGUGAUGUAUCUCGGGUCACAAUAGCCUAUAAUGUGUAUAAAGCUGUGUACGCCAUUGCCCACGCUCUGCACACUUUUUUGAACUGUGACUCUGCAGGACCUAACAAGGGAUUGUGUGAGAAACACAACUCAUUUGCGAAUGGUCAGUUUCUUCAUCAUCUGAAGAUGGUGAAUUUCACCAACCAGUUUGAUGAAAGAGUAUAUUUUGACUCCAGCGGAGAGCCAGUCCCUCUGUAUGACAUCAUUAACUGGCAGAAGGACAGCAAGGAUGAAAUGAGAUUUAUCAAAGUGGGAAGCUAUGAUGGUUCAGCUCCACAUGGGCAACAAUUGCAGAUAAUGAAGAACACUAUUGUGUGGACAAAAGGAGAGUCGCAAGUUCCUGUAUCUCAGUGUAAUGCUCCAUGUCCACCUGGCAGCAGGCAGGCCACACGCCGAGGAGAGCCCAAAUGCUGCUUUGACUGUUUGCCCUGUGCAGAUGGAGAGAUCAGCAAUCAGACUGGUUCCACCGAGUGCACAAAAUGUCCUGAGUACUACUGGUCAGACAAAGAAAAAGUGAAAUGUAUUGCAGGAUCGGAAGAAUUCCUCUCUUUCUAUGACACCAUGGGUAUCAUCCUGGUUGUACUCACACUGCUGGGUUUCAUCCUGACAACCAUCAUCACCAUUGUCUUUCACAGUUUCCGCUAUACACCCAUCGUGAAGGCCAACAACUCCGAAAUCAGUUUCUUGCUUCUCCUGUCACUCAAGCUCUGUUUCCUGUGUUCUCUGGUGUUCAUUGGUCAGCCAUCUUGGUGGACAUGUAGGCUCCGCCAGGCAGCAUUUGGGAUCAGCUUUGUCUUGUGUCUGUCCUGCCUACUUGUUAAGACCAUUGUGGUCCUCCUGGCCUUCCGGACAAACGUACCUGGUUCCAGGGGUCGGAAGCUGUUUGGUUCAUCUCAGCAGAGGAUUCUGAUCAUCUGUACUACAGCUCCUCAGAUUUUUGUCUGUACUGGCUGUGUGUUGGGAGCACCUCCCUUUCCAUUCAGGAACCCAAAUUACCAAGCUUCAACUGGAAAAAUUGUUGUGGAGUGUAAAGAGCCAUGGCCUCCUGGAUUUUACCUGCUCCUUGGUUACAUUGGCCUGCUGGCCUUUGCCUGCCUCCUCCUGGCAUUCAUUGGACGAAAGCUACCAGAUACAUUCAACGAAGCGAAGUUCAUCACCUUCAGCAUGCUGAUUUUCUGGGCCGUGUGGAUUUCUUUCAUCCCAGCUUAUGUCAGCUCUCCUGGGAAAUUAUCUGUGGCAGUGGAAAUAUUUGCUAUUUUAGCCUCAAGUUUUGGAUUGUUACUGUGUAUUUUUGUGCCCAAAUGUUACAUCAUUUUACUGCACCCUGAGAGGAACAUUAAGAAGGGCAUGACUGGAAAAUAUCCAAGAUGA